GAAACAUCAGACUGAGGACAGAAACACACCAGCUCUGAAAAAUGGCUCAGACCCUAUAUUUCCCUCUUCUCCUCAUUGCUCUCUGCUCCAUAUCUGAAUGUGUUCAGCGUCAGUAUCACUUUAUAAAUGAGAACAAGACCUGGACUGAAGCUCAGAGAUACUGCAGAGAGAAAUACACAGAUCUGGCCACUGUUGACAACAUGAACGACACGAUCCAGCUGAACAAGAGUGUGAAUGAUGUACGUCUCUGGAUUGGUCUGCAGAGGAAAUGGCAGUGGUCUUCAGGUGAUCCUGAACUCUUUUUGAACUGGGAAUCUGGACAACCAGAUGGCAAAGAUGAGUGUGCUUUUAUGAGACAUGGAAAGUGGCAUGAUGGGAAAUGUAGUGACACCUGGUUCGUCAUAUGCUACAACAUGAGCAGAGGACUGGUGUUUGUUAAUCAGACGAUGAACUGGAGAGCUGCUCAGAGUUACUGCAGACAGAAUCACAUUGAUCUGGUCAGUGUGAGGAACCAGAAUGAGAGUCAACAGCUGGAGAAGUUCAUUAAUGACAGUAUUCCAUCUAGAUCUGAUGUCUGGAUCGGUCUGUUCAGAGACUGGCAGUGGUCAGAUCAGAGCAACUAUUCAUUCAGUUACUGGAAUACUAAUGAACCAAAUAACUAUGGAAAUAAUGAAAACUGUACAGUGCUGAAGGAGAACACUAAUGGACAUUGGGCAGACAUCUCUUGUGACUGCCAGUUUCCUUUUGUGUGUCAUGAAGAUAAACUGAUUGUGAUCCAGCAGAAUCUGUCGUGGUCUGAAGCUCUGAGAUACUGCAGACAGAAUCAUGUGGAUCUGGUCUCGGUUCAGUCAGUGGAGAUGCAGUAUAAGGUGAUGAACGUGGUUAAACUGGCGUCUACUGGGGCGGUGUGGUUGGGUUUACGUCACUCCUGUGCUUUGGGCAUCUGGUUCUGGGUGAGUGGACAGACCGUGUGCUAUCAGAACUGGGCUCCAGGGAACGGCACAUCAGAGGAGGACUGUGAGCCCACAGUGAGAUCUGGAGCAGUUCAGUCUGGAGGAGAUCAGACCUGGAUCAGCCGUCCUGAAACUGACCGACUCAACUUCAUCUGCAGGAAUUAUUAAAAGUGAAAGACCGGUGUAUGUUUCAAAUUAUCAACAUUUAAUUUGU